CUUCUCGCCCGAAUCGAAUACGCAACAGGAACAAUUCAUCUGACACUCAAUCAACAAGUCUUAUCGCAGUUCAAUUUUUCUUCUAUUUAUGUCUGUACACUAGUCCUCUGCCCUCACAAUAUCCAACCCAAUGGAGCCCUCCACCAUCACCAACGACACUUUCCACAUCGCCAUCAUCGGCGCUGGCAUCACAGGCAUCAACCUCGCACUCGGGCUGCAGGCCCGCAACGUGUCCUUUACGCUCUACGAACGCCACUCAGAGAUCCGUGACAUCGGUGCAGGUAUCGGCUUCAGCCCCAACGCCGAGCGGGCCAUGUCCCUGCUACACCCGGAAAUCCUGACGGCCUACAAGCGCGUGGCCAACCCCAACGUCGAGGACUACUUCCACUGGGUCGACGGCUAUGACUCAGACGAGUUGAUCUACAAGCUGCACGUCGGCAAGGACGGCUUCCAGGGCGGCCGGCGCAGCGACAUCCUCGAGGCGUGGGCCACGCUUAUCCGUCCCACCUCGGUGGUCUUCAGCAAGAACCUCGCAGACAUUCUCCACAACGAGAUCUGCGACGUGGACGGCAACAAGACCACCAAGCUCAUCCUUUCCUUCACCGACGGCACCACGACCACCGCCGACGCCGUCAUCGGCUGCGACGGCAUCCACUCGCGCGUCCGAACACACGUUUGCAUCCCUGAUUCCGCUAACAUUGGCCCCAAGCCCAUCGCCCAAUACACCGGCAAGUUCUGCUACCGCGCGCUGGCGCCUAUGCCAGCCGCCCUCAGCGCCAUCGGCGAAGGCAGAGCCCUAGCCCGCUGCAUGUACACCGGCCCGGGCGCCCACGUGCUCACCUACCCGGUGGCCAACAACACGCUGCUCAACAUCCUGGCCGUCAUCGAGGACCCAUCCGAGACCUGGCCGCACCCGCACACCACCUGCCUGGGGUCCAAAGCCGAGGCUGCCACGGCCUUUGAACAAUGGCACCCUCGCGUCCGGCAGAUCAUCGACCUGAUGCCCGAGCAGAUGGACAAGUGGGGGAUCUUUGACAUGAAGAACUCGUCGUCGACGGGGUUCUAUAACCGCCGGAGGAUGUGUGUGGCUGGGGAUGCGGCGCACGCCGCGGGCCCGCACCUCGGUGCCGGCGCCGGGAUGGGAAUCGAGGAUGCGCUUGUCCUGGCGGAGCUGUUGGCCGAGGUGGACAGGCGGGUCAAGGAGACGGCCGGGAAGACUGGGAGUGACGGUGGCGGUUCUGUGGUGGAUGGUGUCAGGGAUGGCCUGGUCAAAAACGCGUUAUGGGCUUAUAGCAAUGUCAGGUUUGGGCGCACCAUGGAUGUGGUCUGUAGCACGAGGCGGGCGUGCGACUUGUUCCACUGGCGAUCACGGUCGAUAUAUGUGUCGAGGGACUCCCAGGUAUUUGGCCCGACCAUCUCACAGAUGUUUCAUGAGGUUUGGGACUAUAAUGUUGAGAGGAUGGUCGAGUCUGCGAAGGAGCUUUUAGAUGACCAGACAAGGGCAGGCUAUUAGGCAG